UUCUGAAUUGGUUUUAGCCUUGAUCGUGAAAACAACAAGUGUUUCUUGAAACAGUUUCAUAUUAAGUUCAAAGUAGUGUUCUUCUAGCAUAUUAAUUUCUCAUACUCUGUCCAGUAUAACUUUGUGGCACAUUCGGGCGUAGUCUUCACCGUAUUCCGCCUCAGAGCGCCCUAAAGGUUCUCGCACGGUAAUAUUAAUGGUCUGAAGGCGUGCCCUCGGAACCUUCCGGCCAGAGUGGGUUGUGCGAUUUGUUCAAUAAUUUCCUUCAGUUCUGCUGUGCAUCCAACGAAAGAAGCUCGUCGCUGAAUAGAAUUUGCCGGAGUCCACUUCAAACGGUUCUCUAAUGCCACAAGAAAUUAAAAGAGAACGGAAAACAACGCAGUCAAUGAUGCGCCCGAAAUCAAUUCACUGGAAUGAAGCUCCCCUUUCUCCGUGCCCGAUUCCGGACAUCAGCGACGAUGAGCUGGUUUCGAUCACGGUACGGGACCUGAAUCGUACCCUCAAGAUGCGAGGCUUGACGCGCGAGGAAAUUGUGCGCAUGAAACAGCGUCGCCGCACCUUGAAGAACCGAGGCUACGCGGCCAGUUGCCGCAUAAAGCGCAUAGAGCAGAAGGACGAACUAGAGACGGAGAAGACACAGGAGUGGCGCGAUAUGGAAACCAUGCAUGACGAAACAGGACGAUUGCAGGAGGAAGUAGAUUCGCUACGCAACAAAUACGAGGCACUACGGAAGUUUGCUAUUUCGAAAAAAAUUCCUCUGCCGCCGGAACUUGAUGUAUGUUAGGCACGCCAAUGAGCGGUAUGUAAUGAUGCGAUUGUUUGUGAUUUAUUUUAAACCAACUUAGAGUAUUUGUGCUCGCUUCAGUAGUACAAACUUUCCAAUAGUUAUAAGUGAAGUUUGAUAAUUACAGAAUAAUACAAGUGUA